AUGUAUUAUAUAUCUUCGUUUUCUGUUAAACCAAGUGAUUUGCCCGACAUUUAUAUAGGAUUUUGGUGGUUUAUUAGUUUUGGUUCAAAAGUUUCGGUCGGUCGUAAAACAAGUCAUGCGGAUCUAAAAGCUAGUCAUGGGGACCUUGAAGUAAAACACGCUACUCUCGAAGCAAAACACGUGGAUUUGGAAACUCAUUAG